AACAGGGAGGUGCGGCCAGAGUAGUGAGAACAUGAGGGAAAAGUUCCACCCUCACUAAGGAAAACAAAAGUUUGAGUUAAAACAUGGUCACGACGUGCAUUCAGCAGCAGCACCCAUAUGGAUUAAUUCUCGCUGUACACGAGAUCUGAAAGUGGAUACAACAUACUGGGCAAUGUACUGGAAAAAUGAACAAACCACAUCGAAGGAAAGUCCAAGCAAGAACACUGAUAAAACCCAAGAGCUGUUUGAAGAGGUAUCGUGUUCGUCGUCGUCGUUGUCGCCCGGCUCUUCACUACAUGCCAUGACAGAGAAAGCCAUCUGUACCAGCUGUGGCAUUGAGAUUGUCGACAAAUAUCUGUUGAAGGUGAACGACAUGUGCUGGCACGUGAGAUGCCUGUCGUGCAGCGUGUGCCAAACAUCUUUGGGCAGACACAUCAGCUGUUAUAUAAAAGAAAAGGAGAUAUUCUGUAAAUUGGACUACUUCAGGAAGUACGGAACACGUUGUGCUCACUGUGGUAGGAACAUCCAUUCAAACGACUGGGUCCGCAGAGCAAAAGGAAACACCUACCACCUGGCUUGUUUUGCUUGCUUCUCUUGCAAGAGACAGCUGUCCACAGGAGAAGAGUUUGCCCUGGUAGAUGAGAGGGUUCUGUGUCGUGUGCACUACGACUGCAUGUUGGACAACCUGAAACGUGUCAUGGAGAAUGGAAAAGGAGUGAAUGCGGAGGGAGCUGUUCCCUCAGAGCAGGGAGUAAAUCAGCCUAAACCAGCCAAGAGGGCACGGACAAGUUUUACAGCUGACCAGCUACAGGUAAUGCAAGCCCAGUUUGCUCAAGACAACAAUCCAGAUGCCCAGACUUUACAAAAGUUGGCAGAAAGAACUGGUCUAAGCCGGAGGGUUAUUCAGGUUUGGUUUCAGAACUGUCGAGCUCGUCAUAAGAAGCAUGUUAGCCCAAAUCACUCUUCAGCCGCACCAGUGUCAUCUCUGCAGUCCACUCGGCUUUCUCCUCCUCUAAUAGAUGAAUUUCAGUACACUGCUUUUGCCCCUGUAGACACCCCUAUGCUGACUGCGCUACACUCCUAUAUGGAUGUCCACUCUCCCUCUUCACUGGUUCUGCAGCCUCUCUUGCCCCACUCAAUGACACCGCUGCCCAUCAGCCACGCCUAAGACGUCCACUGCGGCCACAUGGUCAGGUCAGAGUCCAGAGGACAGCAUGAGGAAAUAUUGAUUCUUAUACUGACUAUUGAACAAGACCCAUGCUACUUUCUUUCAUGGGCACUUACUGAAGGAUAUCUGUCUUGCAAUGUUUAAAGUCUUAAUUGUGAAAAAAGCCUGAAGUUUUUGUUUAAUAUAUAAAAUAUAUAUUAUCUAUAUAGUGAUGGAAUAAAUUUCAUUUAAUUUAUUUCUUGUAUGUGAGCACUUUGUUUUAAAAUCACUACCGUGGAGUUCUUAGUUUCUGGUUUAGUUGACACUAUUUUUUUUUUUUUUUUUUUGUUCUAAAUAAAACUGGAAGGUGAAGAAAAGCCAAUAAAAUCAGAUUUGUCUCUAGCACUGAUCAAAUGAAAGCUUUUGUUUGGCUUUUUUUUAAUUUAUUUAUUUAAUACUGAUUCUGCUUGAACUUUGAGUUGAAUCAUCAGAGGUUUGAGUUAUUUUGUGUUUUAUAGAUAUGGCUGGAAAAACUUGUAGAAAGUUUACUGUGCUUCUAGGAAAUAAUUCUAAUUGAGCAAUAAACUAAACUGGUUAUUAAAUGCAGUUUAAAUUCAAUUACAAACAUUGUGAAUCGUGAAAGAAAAUGUCGUAACUGAAUUCAAACAUAAAUGUUCAAGAUACACCCAUAAUUGUACAGCUGUAUAAUGUUAAACAAAUCCGAUUUCUUUGUGACAUAAAAAGUGUUUUAUUGUAUGCUCUUGCACUUUGACACGGAAUGAUAUUUUGGUCUGAUAUCAUGCUUAGUUUUUGUACACCUCAUAGAUACAGUGCAUGCAUUAAAAAGCAGUUUGCUAGGAUAUCAGUAUUGAGUUAUGCAGACCAAGAGCAUUCCAACUUUUCCUAUGUUUAAAUAAAAUGCGACAAAUAUGGAUGCGUGUGGGCAGAAUGAUUGCUAGAAGUAGUCUUCUUGCAAGACCUGAGGAUCCUUCUCAGCAAAUUGG